AUGGGGACAAAAGGCACUCAAGCCAUCAGAUCUGCUCGACCAGCCCUUCCUCCCAAACCGCAAAUCCCACCCGUACCACGCCCACGGACAAAGAAAUGGCGGAGGGUCACGGAUGUUAUCCUGAGGCCAAUUCCGCCAGAGAUCAGGGACGUUGACCGGGUCAAACAUCGAUCCUUCCCGAUGGUCAGGCCCAGCACCCAAGGUAUUACGUAUAACAGCAUCGUCCCUCUGGAGCUGGACUCUUCUCUGGAGCUCAGACCAAUCCCUAAACCCCGUCUGCGUUGGUCACCAAGCUGCCAAGACAACCAGUCCCAGCCUGCUGAUGGCAAAGAGACAGAUACCUCCAGUCAAAGCUCCAUAACUGCCAAUGAAAACACAUUCUCAGGAGAACCAGGAGAAAGGUUUGAUAACAGUGAAAAGGCAUACAUGGAAGUGAACAAAUCAGCGUACAACGAGGUUGAAUGCUUUACAACAGUGGUACUGGUCCAUGGACUACAAACAGAUUCUAAGAUGUCUCCAGUUAGCGGUGCUGGACGUAACCACUCUCUAACAAAGCAUCUUCCAUCUUCGAGGAUACAUUCAAGUGACAAAGUGAGCCAAGCACACUCUCAGCACUUAGCAACUAUGCCUGUUUCUAAUGCCCCCCUUCAGAGCUUGGUGGCUGAAUUGCAAAAGAAGAUUCACAGUGACAAUCAGGAAAAGGAAGACUCUGAUGUGAAGAAGCCCAAAGUUAAAAGGUCCACUAGCAAAAACAUCCUAAGGAAACUGUCACCCACGAUGAGCUCUCCUCAGAAAAAGAGCCCUUCCCUGGCAGAACUGAUUCUCUCCCCCUUUCAGAGCAAACCACAGACCAGGACAGAAAAGGCUCAACACACACCAGGUGUCUCUAACCAGGAGAGUCCGAGACAAGAUGAUUUAGAGGCAGAAUCUUUAGCAAAAGAGCCUGAGGAUUUCACAGAGGACAUCCCCGAACAUUUGUCUCAUGCUUCAUCAACACAGAGCACGCAGGAAUCUGAAUAUGAGCAGGACUCAAUACUGCCCCCAUCUGGCCCUAAGGACAAUACACAGAGAAAUUCAGAAUUCAGCAGAACCCAGCGACAACCACUGGAGGGUCUGUGGCAAGAACGCAGCAUUGUGCAAGAGAGUGGAAUACUAGAUCAGCUCAGCAAAGAGCAGCUGCUGCUACAAGAGAGUAUGUAUGAGGUGGUGACAUCAGAGGAGACAUAUCUGUUAGGACUGGGAGUAGCUGUGGACCAUUUUCUGGAGUCUCCGGAGCUAAAGCAGGCUUUAGCACCCAGAGACCGAAAAUCGCUAUUCUCUGGCAUCACCAAAAUCCGAGAGCUGAGUCAAAAUGGACCAUUCAGUGCAUAUGUGGAUUACAUUCGUAACAUGCCAUACCAGGAGCAGACUUUACACAACUUGGGGAAGGAAAGCCCGCAGAUUGUGGAGAUCUUGAAUAAACUGCAGGAGGACCCUCGGUGCAACCGUCUGAGCCUCAAAUCCUUCCUGGUCCUUCCAUUCCAGAGGAUCACACGUCUCAAGAUCCUAGUGGAGGCCAUUCUAAAGAGGACAGAGGACGGGUCAGAAAGCCGGGCCUCUGCGGCAAGAGCCCUGAAAGAGAUCUCAAAGGUAGUGGAAGCAUGUAACAGGGAAGUGGACAGGAUGAAAAAGAUGGAAGAGAUGGUGAUCAUCGCCAACAAAACUGAGUUUGAGUGCAAGGCACUGCCACUGGUAUCCUCCUCUCGUUGGCUGGUGAGACAGGGGGAAAUGGUUCAGCUCUCCGUUAAAGAGAAAAAUUUUGGACAAAGAAAGCUCUGUACUGUCCAUCUCCUCCUUUUCAACGACCUGCUGCUAGUUACCACAAAGAAAGGGUCAGAUAGGUUUGUGGUCCAUGACCAUGUGCACCGCUCCCUGGUUGUGGUCAGUAAGGGUAAUGAUAUAGAGGAGGAUCUGGAAGGGUUUGAGGUUAAUAAGAUCAUUCAGCUGGCACUGCUGAAGAACCACCGUGGCUCCACCUCUCAGUAUCUGCUGCAGGUCCCAUCGCAAGCAGAAAGAGACAGCUGGAUGGAGCUGCUGAGUCAGCACAAUGGAGGCGAUGAGAGCAUAUAUGAGGAAUGGGGCUUUUUAGAGGGGCGUAGGUUAAGUGAUGGGGAGAGGGGCUGGUUCCCUACCUCAUGUGUGAAGGAACUCACCAAUGAGCAUGUGCAGAGACGUCAUCUUCGCCAGCGCUACCAUGUUAUGCAAGCGGCCACACGUAUGAUGAACCGGCGGUAUCCAACAACAGCACAUCACUCAACAUCCUGCUUCAAAUAA